AGAGAGAGAGAGAGAGAGAGAGAGAGAGAGAGAGAGAGAGAGAGAGAGUGAGGGUGGGCGAGGGAGAGAGGGCUGUAUGAAUGGGUAAGGGUCACAGAGGGAGCUGGACUAAUACACUGUUAUCCAACUAAACCCUGCAAAACAACAGCCAGUACCGGUGUGAAGGAUUAGCUCCCUGGCCGUGAUCUCGCGGCGUGUCCUGUCCUGAAGGGUUUGUGUCGUCCCUCCAAAGAGAACCAUGGAGCUCCCUUCUGUGGUGGUGCUGCCACUGCUCAUCGUGGUGGCGGCGGGGAUAUACUACGUCUACAACGAGGUCCUGCAGUUCAUGUCCAAGUCGUUGGUGCGAAACAAGGUGGUGGUCAUCACCGACGCUGUGUCUGGGGUGGGCAGUGAGUGUGCACAACUCUUCCACAAGGGCGGAGCCCGUCUGGUUCUGUGUGGGACCAGUUGGGAUAAACUAGAGUCUCUUUUUGACUCUUUGACAAGUGAUGCUGAUCCCAAAGAGACGUUCGCCCCCAAGCUGGUGAUCUUGGACUUCAGUGACAUGGAGAGCAUGGAGGAGGUGGUCUCGGAGGUGGUGGACUGCUACGGCUGCGUGGACGUGCUGGUCUGUAACAGCAGCAUGAAGCUGAAGGCUCCUGUGCAGAGCGUCUCCCUGGAGCUGGACAGAAACAUCAUGGACAUUAACUACUUUGGGCCCAGCACGCUAGCCAAAGGUAUCCUCCCCACUAUGAUCUCGAGAAGAUCUGGACACAUUCUACUGGUCAACAGCAUCCAGGGCAGGCUGGCUGUCCCUUUCAGGAGCUCCUACGCCGCCUCCAAGCACGCGGCCCAGGCGUUCUUCGACUGCCUGCGGGCCGAGGUGGAGGAGUACGGCGUCUCCGUCAGCACCAUCAGCCACACCUUCAUCAACGCCACCACCCCCGAGCCCGAGGCCAAGAGCCCCGCUAAACCCGUCGGCGGCCUCGCAGCAUUCAUCGCCAGCAAGCUGACCCACGGCGUCAGCCCGUCCGCCCUGGCCAAUGAGAUCGUGCGGACGGUGAACAGGAAGAGGAAAGAGGUUCUGCUGGCUCACCCCAUCCCCAGGGUGGCUCUCCACCUCCGCUCUCUGUUCCCCCCCUUCCUCUUCUCCGUGCUGGCGGCCGGAGUGAAGGACUCGGUGAUGGCUGAGCAGAUGUAGAUAGGGAAAGGAUGAGGUUCAACCGAUGUAGGAGAGUUUCGAUCAUGUGACCCUGAAGUUCCAUCAAGGAACUCCGGGGCAGCUUUCUUGGUGCUCCUUGGUUAAACAUAAAUUCUAGAUUCACCAACUUUAUUCCUAUUAUAAUGGGGGAAUAGAAAAGUCAUUCCAAGUGUCAGAAAUGUCUGAAAUGACAAUUGGAAUGUACGUGACCCUGACGUCAUGUGAAACCCUCUUACACAGAUCAAAUAUACGACACGUCCAAAACAACAACCUAGUCAACAGUAUGUCACAUGACGAUCAUAGCACACUAACUCAGACUACAAUCCCAUUGUUGAACAGAGGUUCUAUAAACCUCAUGUAAUGUAAGGUGAAUCACUCCCAUUAGGGUUAAUUUGAUGAUUAAUUUACAAAUGAUUAAUUUGUUACAUGAUUCACCGUUGGUGAUGUCAGUGUAAUUUUUAAUUACAAGAUAAAUACGUCAUUUAUUUUGUGACUUUACGACUUUAUGACUUUAUGUUUGGGUUUAUGGUCGGCUAAUAAAGAAGUUGCCGUCCCUCUGUAAAUAC